AUGAUCUUCCCCCCUGCCUUCCUGGAUUCCUCGAGCUGGAACGAUAACCAGCAUCAGCAGCAGCAGCAGCAAGCCCACCACCAGCACCAGGUUGCAGCCAACGGCGGUGGCGGAGGCGGCGACGCCAAUCAUGAGCUCCUCCAGCAAUCAAUCAUGGGGGGACCCCUUCCCGAUGGAGGAGGUGGAGGAGGUGGUGGCGGGGGACAGGUUGGUGGCCCCGCGAAGCCCAUGUCCAUGGCGGAGCGCGCGCGCCUCGCGAGGAUCCCGCUGCCGGAGCCGGGGCUCAAGUGCCCGCGCUGCGACUCCACCAACACCAAGUUCUGCUACUUCAACAACUACUCCCUCUCCCAGCCGCGCCACUUCUGCCGGGCCUGCCGCCGCUACUGGACGCGCGGCGGCGCACUCCGCAACGUGCCCGUCGGCGGCGGGUACCGCCGCCACGCUAAGCGCGCCAAGCCCAAGCAGCAGCAGGCGGCUGCCGCCGGGGCCGGGACUGCGGCGUCGGCUGGGGCCGCCACCGCCGCGCUGCAUCAGGCUCCCGCUGGGUCCACGGCGUCGUCGGCCGCCACCUGCACCGCGACGACGACGACCAACGCGCUCCACGGAGGGCCCGGCGGCAUGCUAGGCGGCGGCGGCGGGCUGUCCAUGCUGCCGCCGCUGCUCCGCCUCGCCGACUUCGACGCCAUGAGCCUCGGCUCCACCUUCUCCGGGUUAUCGUCGAUGGGGAAGCCCGGCUCCAUUGACGCCUACUCGCACUCGGUCGGCGGCGGCGGUGCUGCUCCGGCGGGGCUGGAGCAGUGGAGGGUGCAGCAGAUGCAGAGCUUCCCGUUCCUGCAUGCGAUGGACCAGGGCCCACUGGGGCCACCUCUGGCCAUGGCAAUGGCGGCGCCAGGAGGGAUGUUCCAGCUAGGUCUAGACACCAGCGAUAAUGGUCAUGGCCGUGGCGGUGGCGGCGGUGGAGAAGACAGGUCAUCCGGCGCAGAGCUCCAUGUGAUGCAAGCAGCCACCAAGAGGGAGAGCUACCCGGCACCGAGAGGCAUGUAUGGCGAUCACCACCACUACCUCGCUGCUGCUGGUGGCUACACUUCUUCCUAUUCCACCAAUGCUGCUACAGGUAACCAUCUCUUGUAA